AUGGGUAAAAGUCAGGCGGAGGCGCUCAAGCGCAUUGACGCGGGCUCUUUAUCGGACAUAUUCGACGAUCGGCCUGGCCGUGUCCAACAGCCUGUCAUGCAAUGUGUGCAGAUAAAGCCGAUUGCCGCUCAGCCAGGAGGUCAGGAACGUCACCGAGUGAUCUUUAGUGACACCAAAAACUAUAUUCAAACUAUGUUGGCGGUACACCAAAACUAUCUUGUGGAAGAGAAGAUCCUGCGACGCGGAGUUCUUGUUCAACUGGUCGGGUAUUCAGCGAACAAGGUCAAGACGAAGCGGAUCCUGAUUGUUACGGAGAUCAAAGUCCUAGAAGAGUUUGGCGAAUAUGAGAAACUUGGCGAUCCCAAGCAAUUAGAACUGAAGGCCGAAGAUGAAGAGAAAGCUUCCCCUACCACUAUUACCAGCAAUGGAUUCUAUGGAAACAAGCAAGAGCAGCCCAAACAAAAUCGACCCAUGCCAAGUCACACAAAGCCCACGUCCUCGAGCGCCCACGCCAAUAUCUACCCGAUCGAGGCGAUUUCACCGUAUUCGAACAAAUGGACGAUCAAAGCACGCUGUACCAGCAAGUCAGAGAUCAAGACAUGGCACAACCGAAAUGGCGAAGGCAAGCUGUUCAGUGUCAAUCUGUUAGACGAGAGCGGCGAAAUCAGAGCCACCGGGUUUAACGACCAGUGUGACCAGCUGUACGAUGUAUUCCAAGAAGGUAGCGUCUAUUACAUCUCCAGCCCUUGCCGAGUAUCCUUUGCGAAGAAACAAUUUUCAAACUUGCCAAACGAUUACGAAUUACAUUUCGAAAAAGACACCGUGGUCGAGAAAGCCGAAGAGCAGGAUGGAGUGCCUCAAGUUCGCUACAACUUCACCAGCGUAGCGGAUUUGCAAUCCGUGGAGAAAGAUACCACAAUCGACCUCAUUGCAAUACUCAGAGAUAUCGGCGAGGUGGGCCAAGCCACGUCAAAGACCACCGGAAAACCGUACGAGAAGCGAGAACUCACACUUGCCGACGACACGGGAUACUCCGUACGGAUGACGAUAUGGGGCAAGACCGCAGCAUCUUUCGACGUUGCGCCGGAAUCAGUGGUCGCUUUCAAAGGAGUGAAAGUGUCCGAUUUCGGUGGACGGAGUCUGAGUCUACUCAGUUCUGGCUCGGUCAGCGUGAAUCCUGACAUGCCGGAGGCACACAAGUUGAAAGGAUGGUAUGAUUCUCAAGGCCGAUCUGGCAACUUUGCCACUCAUGCCAAUGUCCAGGGUGCCGGUUCUGGUUCGGGCUCUCGGAUCGAUCCAAUCAAGACCAUUGCCCAAGUCAAGGAGGAGCAGCUCGGUAUGUCCGAGACCGCAGACUUCUUCUCUGUCAAAGCCUCCAUUCAAUAUAUCAAGCCAGACAGCUUCUGUUACCCAGCUUGUCUGUCAGAAGGCUGCAACAAAAAGGUUGUGGAGAUCGAUCCAGGUCAAUGGCGUUGCGAAAGAUGUGACAAGAACCAUCCCAAACCGGAAUAUCGCUAUAUCAUGUCUGUGAACAUCAGUGAUCACACCGGCCAGCUCUGGGUGAGCUGUUUCGACGAGGUUGGGAGAAUGAUGAUUGGUAAGACGGCGGACGAACUGAUGGAGAUCAAGGAGGUCGACGAGAAGCAAGUGGCCGAAAUCUUCUCGGACGCAAACUGCAAGACUUGGACAUGGAAGUGCAAGGCCAAACUCGACAGUUUCCAGGAACAGCAACGGGUCCGAUAUCAGGUUACAUCGGCGGCACCAUUGAACUUCGUGACAGAGUCCUCCAAGCUGAUCGAGCUGAUCAAGCAAUACAACAUUGAGUAG